CUCUCUCUCUCUCUCCUCUGUUUCUCUCUCUACUUUCGAUAUAAACUCCAUUUACCAACUCUCCACCCUGUGAAUCUCUCCAAACCUACCUACAUUCUCUCUCUCUCUCUCUCUCUCUCAUCAAAAUUACUUACAAUUCACAGCCGAUUCCCCGACGUCAAAACUCGGACAGCGUGAGAGACUCGGAAUUGGACUCCGAUUCGUCGUUCGUUGGUCGAUAUAGAUGUGAUCAGUGACCUAUUUUUCAGCAGGAGAAUUCGGAUUUCUUUUGCUAUUUAAUUGGGAAUCUAUCGAAUUGGACUCAAUUCGACUCCAAUUCAUACAGGCGCGGCACGCAUCCCCAGUUCAUAGCUCUAAUGGAGCCCACUCCGGAAAAGUUAUCGGCGCUGGAUGUGGUGGCGGCGAUCUUCAAGGGCGUGAAACUUGAUAGCUCCAACGGGUCGUCGGAGUCGGCUUCGUCGGCUUCGUCGGCGGUGGUUGCGAUGCUGAUGGAGAAUAGGAACCUUGUGAUGGUGCUCACUACAUCCUUCGCGGUGCUCGUAGGCUGCGCGGUGGUGCUGGCGUGGCGGCGAACCGGCGGAUCGGCGAAGAAGAAGCAGGUGGAGCCGUCGAAGCUGCAGGUGGAGAAGGCUGCGGCGGAAGCGGCGGAAAUCGAUGAUGGAAAGAAGAAAGUUUCUGUCUUUUUCGGUACGCAGACUGGUACUGCUGAGGGCUUUGCCAAGGCAUUUGCAGAGGAAGCUAAAGCUAGAUAUCAGGAGGCUAACUUUAAAGUAAUUGACCUGGAUGAUUACGCUGAAGACGAUGAACAAUAUGAGGAGAAGUUGAAGAAGGAGACGUUGGCAUUCUUCUUCCUAGCCUCAUAUGGAGACGGUGAGCCUACUGACAAUGCAGCGAGGUUCUACAAAUGGUUUACGGAGGGUAACGAGAGGGGGGACUGGCUUAAGAAUCUUCAGUAUGGUAUGUUUGGUCUUGGGAACAGGCAGUACGAGCAUUUCAACAAGAUUGCAAAGGUGGCAGAUGACAUUGCUGCUGAGCAAGGAGGAAAACGGCUUGUCCCGGUUGGCCUUGGAGAUGAUGAUCAAUGCAUCGAAGAUGACUUCACUGCAUGGCGUGAGCUAGUGUGGACCGAGUUAGAUAAAUUGCUUCGUAAAGAGGAUGAUACAACUGUUGCUACUCCGUACACUGCUGCAGUCUUGGAGUAUCGCGUUGUGUUCCAUGACCAAUCGGAUGAAUCCAUUCUGGAGAAUAGCUCAGCCAAUGGUCAUGCUAAUGGCAACACUGUUUAUGAUGCUCAGCAUCCGUGCAGAGCAAAUGUUGCUGUAAAGAAAGAGCUUCACACUCUUGCAUCUGAUCGUUCUUGCACACAUCUUGAGUUCGACAUAUCUGGCACUGGACUUGCAUACGAAACAGGGGAUCAUGUUGGUGUUUACUGCGAGAACCUGCUCGAAACUGUGGAGGAAGCAGAAAAAUUACUGAAUGUGCCUCCACAAACAUUUUUCUCGAUUCAUUCCGACAAAGAGGACGGCACCCCACUAAGUGGAAGCUCCUUACCGCCUAUCUUCCCUCCUUGCACUUUGAGAACUGCACUAACACGAUAUGCAGAUCUUUUGAGCGCUCCCAAAAAGUCUGCUUUAAAUGCACUAGCUGCUUAUGCUUCUGAUCCAAGUGAAGCUGACCGGUUAAGAUAUCUCGCAUCCCCUAGUGGAAAGGAGGAAUAUUCAAAGUAUAUAGUUGCAAGUCAGAGAAGCCUACUCGAGGUCAUGACAGAAUUCCCGUCCACAAAGCCUCCAGUAGGUGUUUUCUUUGCAGCAAUUGCUCCUCGUCUGCAGCCAAGAUUUUAUUCUAUCUCAUCCUCCCCGAAGAUUGCACCAUCUAGAAUCCACGUGACAUGUGCUUUGGUUUACGAGAAAACACCAACAGGGCGGGUCCACAAGGGCAUCUGCUCAACAUGGAUGAAGAAUGCUGUCCCCUUGGAGGAAAGCCGGGAUUGCAGCUCUGCCCCAGUUUUCGUUAGGACAUCUAAUUUCAAAUUACCUACUGAUCCUAAAGUACCAGUAUUGAUGAUUGGCCCUGGUACUGGCUUGGCCCCAUUCAGGGGUUUUCUUCAGGAAAGAUUAGCUCUAAAGGAUUCUGGAGCUGAACUUGGUCCUGCCGUUUUAUUUUUUGGGUGCAGGAACAGUCAAAUGGACUUUAUUUAUCAAGAUGAGUUGAACAAGUUUGUCGAGGCUGGAGUAAUUUCCGAGCUUGUCCUUGCAUUCUCACGUGAGGGUCCCACUAAGGAGUAUGUGCAGCACAAGAUGGCACAAAAGGCUUCAGAUGUCUGGAACAUGAUUUCCGAUGGAGGCUAUGCGUACGUAUGUGGUGAUGCUAAGGGAAUGGCACGUGAUGUACACCGAACUCUCCACACCAUUGUGCAAGAGCAGGGAUCUCUGAGUAGCUCCGAAGCCGAGGGAAUGGUGAAGAAUCUGCAAACCACAGGAAGGUAUUUACGAGACGUAUGGUGAUAAAACGAGGGUCGUUUCGGUAAUACACCACCAAGGUGAUGCAUAACAUGUUCAUACUAAUUUACAACAAUAUUGAAGGGAGACAAUGUGAAGAGACCGCCACUCCCUGUCUGAUUCGAUUGCUGUCCGACAAAGUGUUGUUAUAAUCUGAGUUCUUUUGUGAUUCUUUUUAACGAUUUUAUCUAGUCAUUUUUUGGUUCGUAUGAUUAAUUUAUACGUAAGAGGAAAUAAUUUCUGAGGCGAUAUUUUAGGAAUAGUUACUGCGAGAUAUUCUUUAAUCCGAGCCAGAAAAGAUGGUUCUGAAUGAUCAUGUUUUGGAUGUAAAAUUUUUAAUAUUUUUGCUUGUCAUUAAUUAUUAUUUUUUAUGAAGUUUUUUCUUCA